GUUGUUCCUGCGAAUGGGGCUUUUGUGUUACUUCGGUUAACAAUGCUUCUGCCCCAUGAUAGCCAGGGGGCUGCUGAAUCCCAUGGGAGCGGAUAUUUAUUUUCGUCAACAAACUAUGGCAGAGCAGAGGAAUUUUGGAGGUACCGGACACUGAAUGGAGCUACUGCUACUGCUGCUUCUCUAGCCAGCAAACUGGACAACUGGAACCUGGUGGCUUGAUGGUUUUGGUCGCAGAAUUAACUUUCUAAUCUCUGGAGCAAUCCACGUUGGAGAAGAAGCAAAAGGAGUGGAAACAGAACAAUUGUGAACCUAACGAAGGCAAUGUCAUCACUGUUGAAGGAGGAUCUCAACAAGAAGCUAUUCAGAUCUCUAGGGCAAAAUUUGUAUGGGUUCAUUGAAAUUGAGUGUUCAGGCCAAGAUCGUUUUUAUCUCUGUGCUUCAGUGUCGAAAGGUGAAGAAGUACUAAUCUCUGUGGUAAAACACUACAGAACUGGCCUUGAUGAGAAUUAUGAAAUAUCUGAAAAAUGGCUUCUAGAUGAUUUGGAGAUGAUAGAUGGAAAAGAGGCAGAUUCUGAUAAUCCAUGGUUUGAUAUGCAUUUCAAGCAAGUUUACACUUGGGAAGCUUACAGCUGUGCAUCUAAAUACGCCUUUGCAAGAAUAGUAAACAAGUUGAAUGAGAUGUACCUGCAAAAGGAUCUGAAGAUUGUGAACUUUGAUUUUACCUACAUAAACGACGCAGCCCUCUGGUCAUCAAAUAAUGGGGAUUGCUUAGUACUUAUGAGAAUCUGCUUUUACGCAUUCAAUCUUGUGUGCCUGUCUCUGUGCCCCCUGCCAGGUUGACUGUUGUAGCUACAUCCAGAUUUGAAUACGGCUACCGAAAAGCUAGAUAUUCAGUACUAUAUCAGGGUUUCAAUUUUCAUAACGUUUUUAGCCAAUUGUUCCUUCAGUCUUGAUAAUAGGUUUAAGUACCAAUUUCCUGAAACCAAUGUUUUUCAGCAUUGCAAAACAA